CGAGCAUGGAACGUUCGAAGCAAACUGUCCUACGAAGCGUCAUUGCUGCAGUGCUUUCUGCAUUUCUCGUUACCAUACCGGUUCGAGCCCAAAUGAGGUGUAGCAACUACAAUCCCGACCGAUGCACGAUUUCAAAUUUGAGGAUUGCUCUCCCAGAUGUCAACUCUCUCAAGUUCCCGAUACAGGAGCAUAUUGACCUGACCAACGUAGAUGUGGAUUACCUUUCUCCCCAGGUAAUGGAACGAAUGAAAUGGGUCAGUAAGCUGACGAUCACCAACGGACUAGUUGGAAGGAUCUACCUGAAGCCAGAUCUACAGCACCUCUCGGCCACCCGUAGCAACACAUUCGAGAUCAUUAUUGAAGCUGAGCAAAAUGCGGAUCUUGAAGUGAUGUCAGUCGUCUCCAACCAUCUCAGGACCGUUCCAGAGAACAUUGAAAACCUGAAGGCUUUGACGACGCUUCAACUGAGUGGAAACAAAAUUGAAGUCUUGGACAUGAACAAAUUUCACGGAUUUCAAAAGCUAGCGUCAAUCGAUUUGUCUAACAACAAGCUCUACUACCUUGCCCCAGUUAUCGAUUUGGAGCUUGUUCAGCUUAAGACUGUGGAUUUAAGUAAAAACUAUUUGACUGAACUCGAUUUUGCUGGUUGGAUUAUGCCCCGGUUACAAACAUUGACAUUAUCUUCAAACCGUCUACCACAUUUGAUUGCUCUAGAAGCGGAAACUUUCCCGUCGCUACAAAAUUUAGUUCUAUCGAACAAUCUGUUUGACUGCCGUUGGUGGGAUCAAUUCUCGAAUGUGCUAUUUAAUAUAACCAAACGACAGCCAAAUAUUAACGAAUGUACGAAAUCAACUCAGCUCAGUCCUGCCACGUACCGCAAGUUGAACAUGAGUGACAUUCGCAGUUCUGGUUUCCAAUUCGACAACAAGGACCAAUUGGAAGAGCAAAUCAACGGUAUGACGGAAAUGAGCCAGCAUCAGUCAACAAAAAUCGAAUCCCUCGUGACAGCGGUGGCCAAGCAAGCUACGCAACUCGUUGAAGCCAAUGCUAAACUUGUGCAGCAACGGGCUCUAAUCGAUGAUCUUGCGGCACGAGUCGAAAGUCUGUACGAGCAGUUGGGACAGCUGAAGGAACUAACCCAGGAUGCUCCAGUCGGUAAAAUCGCUCCCAAAGGAUUGCGAGAAAAGUUGAUCCGGGAAAUAUCGGAAGUGAUCCGGAAGAAUUUACCCGCAGAUGAGUGAGGUUGCGGAAGAAGGCUUACACUUACAA